AUAUAUAUAUGUUUGAUUUAAUUUUUUUUGAAAACAUAAAUAAUAAGUUAUUAUGAUGGUUUUUGAAUUAAUAAAAAAUAAACUAAUAAAUAUUUGUUAAACGAUUAAGCCCGCAUAUGCGGGCAAGACACCUAAUAUAUAUAUAUAUAUCAGAAUAUUCCAAUACUAAUAGAAUAAAUAUUUACAAACACGCUAUGACAUACACUAAUUAAUAAUAGAAUCGAUAAUAGGAAAUGAAAAUAACUUGGACACCUUUUCUAAACCUUAUAUGUACGGUUUGUAUAUUAUGUACUUUCUAAAUUUUAUACAUACACUUAGUAUAUUCUGCAAAUAGAAAAUGAAAAUAAUUUGGUAUACAUUUACUCGUGAGUGAUUUUAUUUUCUGAUAUUAUAUAAAUCCAUAUGUUAUAUAAAAAUUUUUAUUUUCAGAUAUUUUCUCUGUUUUAACAAAUGGAGAUAAUUGAUCAUCAAAAUAUUCUUUAUGGUAUUAUAGUCCACUCCUCCUUAUUUAUUAAUAAUAACUAAAACUUUACAAUCCAUGUACAUAGCCAAUUUUUUAAAAAAUAUGUUAAAUAAAAAUGGAAGUUUACAUUUUUUAUUUCAUGCAUAUUUUUAUAUAAAUAUAUGCCAAUGUAAAUUACAUAAAACAUAUAUAUAUAUAUAUAUAAACAACUAAUCCAAUUGACGGUUUGAUACAAAAAAAUAAAAUUACUCUAUAUAACAAAACAACAACAAAUUAUGUACAUAUAUAUUAUAUUAAAUUAAUAUUUAAUACCGAUUAAUGUCAAAAAUACACACUACCAAAAAACUAUAAAAAAUAUUGAGAUAACACUCAAACGGGUGCGCAGAUCAAAAACUAGUUAUUACUAACAUUAUAGUACAAUCUACUUGCUUUAAAAAAAAUUGGACACAAAUUGUUUUAAAAAAUUGGUAUUUUAGUUAUAUAAAAUUUUAAUCCAAAUAAAAAUUUAAUGUAUGCAAAAAUAUUCAUGAUAUUUCUAUUAAUAAAUACAUAGCUAAUGUAUAAAUUAACAUAAAUUAAUGGUUUAAAAUUCAUAAAAAUUAUCUUAUAAAUUAAGAUAAUUGUUGGAUUAAUGAGGAAAGCUCACCGACUCAAAGUAUAUUUCAUUAAAAAAAACUGUACACUCGCAUUAUAUUUCUGAGGGAUUUUUAAAAUCCUUCACUCUGCUCUCAUCUUUAUAAUUAUCACUUCUACAAAAUUUCUGAUUGUUAAUGGUUUACUAAUUGAUCAAUGUUCUAUUGCCGAAUAUAUGUUUAUGCAAAUCAAAUACAUUCCAAAUUGAAAUGGUUAUCUACAUGACUCAGUUAGAAUUUCAGCUGAUGCCAUGCUGUUAAAGAUUCAUGAUUGUUCUAUUUUGAAAGAAGGUUGUUUAAACAAAGAUGCCACAUGUGACAUCAUACCUUUUUUUAAUUAUAAGUUUUCAAGUAAAUUGCAAUAAUCAUUGUUUGUCUUUUUAAGUUGUGUUUCCAAUGUGAUCAUAAAAACAAAGUACUAAAGAUUCAACAUUUGAAUAUAUGGGCCCAUCUUCCUCAUAGUUACAUCCGAACAUUUUAUCCAAACCCGAUUGGAUAUCAUACAUGUCUUUCAUUUUAUUUUAAUAACUAUUUAUUUAUUUAAAUUAGUUUGUAUCUGAUAGUACUUGAGACAAGAUCAUAUGCCAGAAUAAUCCCAAAGUUAUAAAUAUAUAUAAUAGGUUUUGAAUCAGGCUUCCAGUUAUAUAGUUUCAGAUAAACUUUCAAAAUUCUAGACACAUUUCAGUUUAUUCUCGUGUAUUCAUUCAUGAUUUUAGAUCUUCACAUAUAAUUUGGAUAUUAGAUACUUGGAUUGAACUAUAUCCAAAACAUAUUAGGUAUUAAAUGGUUAUAAUAAUAAUUGUGACCUAAACCGAUUUGAAACCGAUAGAAACCAAUCCAAAACCAAGCAAACUUUUUGAUAAACACAUAAACAAAAAAUUAUCAAUUUACUUGUGAGAUUCUAACGCCGCGAGAUUGAUCUGUGAAUAUAAAACCAGCAAAGAUGAAGUAGUUUUGUACAACUUUAUUCCCACAACCUAGAUAAACAAUCUGAUUAAAUAAACAAACAAAAAGAGCAAUCAACAAAAAGAAUUAAAUAAAACAUAGCAUAGAUAAUGUGUUGGACUCACAGGUAAGACACAGACGUCGAGCGUGUGGACUUUUCUAUUCCUUUAAAUUGGGAGAGAAACUAUUUUCUUUGGUUUCUGAAGUGAGAUGUAUCCGUUCAAACUGAUUUUAUAUCCUCCACUAGCAUAAACUAUAAAUGAAAACAAUAAAAAAUUAGUCAAUAUAUAAAUAUAAAACAAUAUGCACAAAUUUAUCUCGCUUACCUUCGUCUUCAUUUCCAACCGGAAAACUGUCCACUGCCAACAUUACAACAUCCAACCGACAUUGUGCUUUAGCUCGCUUAUGAACAUAGGUUACAAGAAUGCUACUUUGAUUUUUUGCCAAAUGGCAAAAAUCCUUUAACAUAAAAUUAUCCAACGACUAAAACAUCAAUUCUAAGGAACAAAAUCCAACCAUUCCACUUUCAGCAACACUAUUUAGAAAUCGUGCUACUAUUUUAGAUGGAAUGAUGUAUCUGCCAACAUACAAAAAAUGCAAGUGUUAGCAAAAAACUCUAAACAAUUAAAAACAUAUUGAAAAAUUACUAAACAUUCUGUCUAUUCACAACAGCCUGGAAAGAGACUCGAAUGACAUUAUUUCCGCUCAACACCAGACUGCCACUGUUACCAUUGUUCAUGGCCGCAUCAACUUGUAAAACAUGCAAGGUGGUUGAGCUGUGAAAAUAAAAAGCAGUAUUAAUUCUUGAAAUUACUCUCUUCGUGACACAAAUAGUACUACCACCUGAAAACAAUUACAAGUCAAUAUACAAAAUAUGCAAUAAAUGUAAUCAGCUUUAGGAAGCAUACCUAAAUGUAUGACCCUAAAAAUCAACAUUCUAAUUUGAUUUCUUAAAACUGAAGUUUGGAAGAAAUACCUAUUUUCCAACUUCAUCAUAUUAGACAUGUGUUCAUGUAAUGACAACAUAGCAAAACAACCAAAUACACUAAUAUAGCCACAAAUCAAAACAUAAGCAUAAUUAUUUAACAACAAUCAUUAUACACAUAAUAUAAUGGAAAACAAAAUAUUUUUUCACAAGUUCGAUCUUAUAAAAAGAAGUAAAAAAGAUUUGACAGCAAUCAUCACUAAUCAACCCUAAAGAUAAACAUUCAAACAUGAUUCUUAAAACUAAUGUUACGAAGAAACGUCCUUUUCCAGACUCCAUCAUAUUACACAUGUGUUCAUGUAAUAACAACAUAGAAAAACAACCAAACAUACUAUUAAAGCCAUAAAUCAAAACAUAAGCGUAUUUAUUUAACAGCCAGAAGUUGAAUAUUCAAAAGAUAAGAAAGUAAGAUCUGGCCAAAAUCAUCACUAAUCAACCCUAAAGCUCAACAUUAUAACAUGAUUUAUUAAAACUGAAGUUAGAAAAACGUUCAUUUCCAGACUUCAUCAUAUUAGACAUGUAUUCAUGUAUUGACAACAUAGCAAAACAACCAAACACACUAUUAAAGUCACAGAUUAAAUCAUAAGCCUAAUUUUUUAACAACAAUCAUCAGACAUGUAGUAUAAUGGCAAACAAAACAUUUUAUUUUGCACAAGAUGAUAUUCUAAAGAGAAACAAAUAAGAUCUGACAACAACCAUCACUAAUCAACCAUAAAGAUCAACAAUAGAAAAAACAACAACCAAACACACUAUUAAAGCCAUAUAUCAAAACAUAAGCAUAAUUAUUUAACAACAAUCAUUAAACACAUAGUAUAAUGGUAAACAAAACAUUUCAUAUUCCACAAGUUCAAUCUUCUAAAUAGAAACAAAUAAAAUGUGACAGCAAUCAUUACUAAUCAAUCCUAAAAAUCAACAUUCUAACAAGCUUUCUUAAAACUGAAGUUAGAAAGAAAUCUCAUUUCCAGAUUUCAUCAUAUUAGACAUGUGUUCAUGUAACGACAAUAGAGCAAAACAACCAAACACACUAUUAAAGCUAUAGAUCAAAACAUAAACAUGAUUUUUAAGAGACACCAAUGUGUAUCUCACUGAUGUUGAUUCUCUAUUGUGAUUAGUUUCUCAAAGAAGAUACAUUGCUAUUAUUGUAUUUAUAUAAUAAUAUAUCUUUUUACGUAAUUAAAUUUAAUCUUAAAUUUUUUGGGGCCAGUUAAAAUAUGCCAAAUGACAUAUGGAUUCCUCUGAAUUGUGUCAGAAUCUUCUCUUCAAGAAGCAAUUCUUCCUUUUAUACUUACUCUCCCUCUCAACUUCUUAGUUGUUUAAUAUAUUUUUUUAAGAAACUCUAACAUUUUAGAGCCAAUGCGGAUGCUCUUACAAUGUCAAUGACUCGUUUAAAACAAACCACUAAUUUAUAAUGGGUAUAACCCGUUGAUCAAUAACAUAUAUGUAUGAUAUAUCUAUUAGCAAAACCUAGCUAUUAAAAUAUACAAACAACUACAAUUGUUAGGAAAUCAAAUAUUAUAUAAUAUAAUCUAAAAUGCCAUCAAACCAUAAUAUAAGUUCUAUUUCUAAACCCACCAUCAACUCUUAAUAUUUUCAAUAUAAUAGAAAAACUUUUUUUUCUCUUCACUAGUUAAUUAUAAUAUAUAUUAAAAACUAGAGCUGAGAAAGCAUCUAGGAAUGUAUAUCAGGCAUCACCAUGGUGGUUGCAAAAGAAUAUUUGAAAUCGUAGAUUUAUUGUUUAUUUUUAACUAGAUGUUGAAGAAGCAGAAUAUCUUUUUUUUUUUAAUUUCAUAUUUAUAAAUCUUCCAAAAUAUGUUACACUGCAAAAUUUAUAAAAUAGAUGAAACUGUGUUAUUCUCCCCAAUUUUUUUUAAUAUCAAAAUAGGGUAAGUUUAAUUCUAUAGAUCGAUAUCAGCUUAAAUCUUGCAGCUUUCAAAAUUCUAUAUGUUAGACAAAUAGCCAAUAAAUAGUAUGCCGUACGUCCUUUCUGAUUCGUGAUUGGAAAUAUAAUAUGCUAGGGUAUAAACAAUAGAAAAAAAUCUUAUUAUAUGUAUGUUUGUUAAAUAUCAAAUAAUAGUUGAGCAAUAAAUUUUAUUCUAAAACAAUCUUCUUUAUUUCAGAUCUAUAUUGUAAAUGUUAGUAAGCAUUUUAAGUAAUAUAUCACUUUGAGUUAAAAAUAACAUUAACCUUCAUUAUUUUUUUGUUAGAGAUUACAGAAUUAUCCUACCAUUAAAAAUUUGAAAAACUUUUAACGGUUAUAUUUUUUGUAUUUUAUUGACUUUAUUCGUUUGUAAGAAAUUAAAUAAUAAUAUACAAUAAAAAGUAUGUACAAUAUAAGCUAUUUUAUUGUAUUAUUUUAUUGACAUAGUAAAAAAGGUUAAUCUAUAAUUAAAAUAAUUACUAUUCUAUUUGUUUUCAAGAGGUUCAAUUUUAAAUAUUUUUCCACUGAUUAAUUUAUUAACAAUAAUGAAACACAAUUUGAUAAAAUAAGAUAAAUUUAAAUUUUAAAAUACUAUAUAAAUAAUAUAUACCCAGGUUAAGGGGUUCGAAUCUUAGACUAUGAAAUUUAUUGCAGAUUACAGGAAAUCCAGGUUUCAAGUCCCAGAGAGAGCAGUUUAUUAAACAAUUAUGCAGACUACAGAAGAAAAGCUUACAAGGGAUCUUCAACAUGGUGCAAGUAAAUCUCGCCAGACGUGGAUCUUCAUAGGACGGCUCAAGUGAUGCAGUUAGGUAUAGGUCUUCAUAAUGCAGGUAGUAUUGUCGGUUGUUAAAAUCGUCUAUGUAAUUUUUCUCAUAUCAUAAUUGUAAUAUCAUAAUAAAUCAGUGUUAAAAAAAAAUAGAGUUGUUUAAGAGAUUAGACUCAUUAAUUUCAUUUAAAAAAAUACUAUAUAAAUAAUUCAGCAGUAUAUAAUAAUAAACAUAUUUUAUUAACUGAAAUUUCUUUUGUUUAAAUUCAAAUUAUAGUUUUAAUUUUUAGUAAAUUUCAAUUAAUAUAAUUUUUCUAAUAUUUAUGUGUUGAAAAUUAUUUUAGUAUUUUUUGAACUUCUUCGUAUACCAAAAUUAUCUGUUGAAAUUUUUCCCAUGCUAUUUUAAAUUAUUCUUACAAAUUAAUAAUUUUAUCCAUUAAAAUUUUUUACAUAUCUGAAAAUAUUUUAUUUAUAUUCAAUAUUGAAUAUUUUAUUCAAAAAUGUUCAGAGUGAUCGGAAUUUCAGUUAAACCAAAAUGUUAUUAAAUGUAACCAAACUAUCAUAAUCUGAAAAUUAGGAUGAACCAAACCAUAAUGUGAAAAUCAAUAGGAAAAUUGCUAAAACUACCUCAUUCCUAAUACCACCUUUCAUGUUUAAUUUAACCACUUUUACCCUACUUUUUAAAGAUGUAAAAAAAUAAUACUAAUAACCUAGAGUUAACUAAUUUAUUCAUGGUAUAUUAGGAAACUAUAAUAUUAUAUUCACGGUUGUAUUAAUAACGUAAAAUCAAUCAUAAUGGCAUGAUUGAUAAUCACAGAAUAAUGAUAGUUAACAGAGAUACUAGGAAACUUGUAUAGAAAACACACUUAAUUACAUUCUUCACGUUAAUACAAAUUGAUAUUUCGUUUGUCAAUCUUUUUGAAUUGGUCAAUAUUGGGUUAGUCAUAAUUUCCACUGAGAUGGAAUGAAACUAUACGUAACAGAAAGAAAAGAGUUAUUUUUGACAAACUUUUGUUCAUACCAAAUAAAGGUGUUUUUUUUUCUCCAUAGGAGGGGAUAAUGGCACCUGUCACUCCUUAUUUUUUCCACAUUUUAAACUUUUACGCAUUACUGUCUCGGAAUUAAGUUUUUAACUAGGCUAUAAUUAAUUUAUUAACAACUUAAUAACCUUGUUAUUUUUUCAUGUUUUUUAUUAUAUCAGGCCCAACCCAAAUCUAAUCAGAAACAAAACUUUGUUACUUGGAAUUCGAGAGGCUAUCAACGCUCUGCGACACCAUAACCGUACCGCUUCACCUCACCUUGCAAGAGUAACCUCUUGUAGUUAUGGCAUUCAAUCGAGAAAAUCCACUAUGAAAGUGCAAAACGGGUCUAAUACAGAGAGUAAAACAUACAAGUACAAUGCUAUUUUUUAUUUCACAAAGUACUACAACAGGAUAACAAUGAAGGAACAUAAUUAAACAUUUUUUUCGUAUGAUUAGUUUAUAUAUUUUGAUUGUUUUAAUAUUUUUUUUAUCAAAUUUAAUAACUCUGAAAUCUAAUUUGACUAUUUACCAGGUUCUUGGUCAAACCUACUAUUGGUUCAACUACCAAGUCGGUCGGAGUUUAAAAAAAAACUUGGAAAACCGAACCAAAUUCGAUCCGAAAAGGUAAUACCGAAUCUAAACUGAAAUUGGUUAGUCAUCUGAACGGAUACAACAUUUUGGUAUCUAGAAAACCAGAACCAAAUCUGACACGAACCGAAAUAUUUUGGAUAUCCAAAUAUAUCUAAAUCAGAUUUGUAUACUUAAAUAUAUUAAUUAUUUUUAGAUUUAAGAUCCAAAAAUAUCUAAAAUAUAUAAGAUAGGUUGAAGUUUUCCAAAAUACUUUAAAAUAUAUAUAAAUAGUCAAAACUAAAUGUCUAAAAUAACUAAACGAUACUCAAAAUAGUAAAAAUACUUGAAAUAUCUAUCGAUUUUAUAUCUAAAUAUUUAAACCAAAAAACCAGUUUUUAUCUUAAGUUUAGGUAGUUUUGCAUAUAUUAUUCAAAUUUAUAUGUUAUAUAUUAUUUCCUAUUAUUAAUUUUGAGAAAUUUAAAGCAUAUAUGAAUUUUAGUUUUUCGAAAAAUAACUUAAACGGGUUAUUCGGACUCACAAGGAUCCGAACCAAAAUAUAUAAAUAUACGAAUGAAUUUAAAUUUUUAACCUCGAAAACCCGAAAUCUGAAUAGACCUAAACCGAACUCGAAUGGAUAUCCAAACGCCCACCCCUAUAUUAGAAAGAAGUAGCCAUUUAGAUUUGAAGAAUGAACAUGGAAAAACCUACAAAAAUUGUGGACACAAUUACCAAUUGCAAAUUUUAAGUUACAACAUAAAAAAAAUUAAAAUUUAAUUACAUAGAUUUAUGUAAAUAUCAUGUGCUUUGCGAAGGCAAACCACUAGUAGAUCAUCAAAAAUGACCUUCUUUUAAGUAGUUCAAAUAAAAAUGCAUAAUAAAAAAAUUAGUCCGAUCAUCGGUUUCAGGGUCUUGGCUGGAUUAUAUGCUACACUUUUUUGAUAAAAAAAAACCUUUGAUUCUAUGGGGAUGAUCUGCAGAAAGACAUGAUCCGUAUAACUACUAUACAAAAAUAUCCAAAAAACUGAGCGGAAUCUUGUGAUCCAGUGGUACUGAACGGAUUCUUCAUGCAAACACAUUUUGAAUUCGAUUUUCCUGCUAUGAAAACUAAGUUACAUUGUUCUGUUCAUCAUAACUGUUAAUCUGUUCGUAUGAAUAGUCGGGAGAGAGCCUGUCGUGGGCUACACCUCCCACCCUCAGAGUCCUAAAUUUAUAGAUCUAUCUAUUUAUCUAUACUAUACUAUUAUUUUUGCAAAGUGAUUUUUUUGCAACGAAUCUCUUACGUUAAAAGUUAGAGCUAUUAGUAUUGUUUAUACGCUAAUAAUUAUUUUUAUAACUAAAAACAAAAUUUAAGUUAAUAAUAUUAGAUUUAUCUGUUACAUUAGAUAAUUCUUAUAUAUAUUGUAUUGUUAUUUGAAAAUAAUAGUUUUCUGUUAAAAAGUUAAAAGUUAAGAUAUAAAAUAACUUAUAAUUAAAUAUUAAUCAAACAAAUAUAUGUGUAUAAAGAUAUUUUGUAAAAUAUUUAUAAUAUGUGAAUAUUUUUAAAAUUUUAACAGUAUAAUAAGCAUAUAUAUUUUUAUAAAAAAAUCUCAUAUAUAAAUACUUUUAUGUUUGAUUAAAAUUUUUAAAAACAUGCAUAAAUAAUAAUUUAUUAUAUUGGUUUUUUGAAUUAAUAAGACAUUAAACUAAUAAACAUUUGUAAAAAGAUUAUGCUCGCAUGUGCAGGUAAAACAUCUAGUUAGAUAUGAAAAUGAGAUUUAAAGUUAUUUAUAAAAGUCAAAAUAUGGCAUAUAAAGAAGUAAAUCUGUAUUUGGCCUUUCUGAUUUUUUUCUUUAGACAGGAGAAUCCGAUAAAUUGAUUAAUUUAUCCACAAAUGGAAGGAGGAAUAAAAAAAAAGUUGGUGUCCAAAUCAAAUAAUUCUCCUGCUUAACUUGAAGAUGAUAGACAUUCGCCUCGUUCGUCAACAUAACUUAAGUUUAUUGUGUGUAGAGACUAUCGUCAAUGUCUCACCUUCUUCUCUCCCGACUCUCCGACCUCUCUUUCAGGCGCCACUCGCUCUGGCAGUUGCACAAGACCAUUCGCUUGUUUUCAUCGUCUUCGACCAGCCCCUGUUUUCCGCUUUGCGUCGAGGAGAAAGACUCGCCGGGAGACGGCGGAAUGGUCGGAGACGUCCACUUGUUCGAUGCGGCCACUGAAGGGUUAGUCACAGUCGCUGACAAAACUAUACCCGAAGAGAUCGUUAACGGCGGUAUUGUGGUCGGAGCUUCUCAUGGAUGGUUAUUUUUCAAAGACCGGCACGAUCAUUCCGUAUAUGUGACCGACUUUUACAACUCUUUGGCUUUCAAAACAAACGCAACGAUGGUUCCUAUGCCUACAUUUACUGCUCUCCACCAUUGCCAAACUGAAGUUGUCUGGAAUGUGGCAAUGUCGACUUCUCCUGGUCAGCAAGAAGAUGAAGAUGAUUGGGUAGUUGGUAUCAAGUUCUUGGGUAACCAGCUGAGUUUCUGCAGGCCCCGUCGUGACCUGCGGUGGACCAACGUCUCAGCUCCUUUUAAAAUAUUCAACAACUCAAAUCUCAUGUUCUCAAAGAGAGAUAAAACAUUUAAGUUGCCUGCUCCCGUAGGCAACUACUUGUGCUCCUGGGAUAUCCAGUUCCACAAGGACGAAUACCCUGCCCCUAAGAUCCAUAAGCUGCUUUUUCACAACCUUCCCCAGUUGCCCCUGUCCAUGUGGGAGCUCUUGGAUUCGUGUCCCAGAGAGGAUCACUGGGUGGAGUCACCAUCGGGGGAAUCCUUCCUCGUAAAAUGGUACUCCCGUGUCUCACUGUCCCCUAGCUUGUCUACAUUGCCGAUAGUUAUGGUGUUCAGAGAGGAAGACAGAAAGGAUGGAAUAAUAAAGAUGUGUUACACAGAGGACAUUGGAGAUAUUUGCAUCUUCCUUUCAAAGAGUGAGGCCUUCUGCGUCCCGGCUAGUUCUUGCCCUGGUCUCAAGCCUAACUCCAUUUAUGUCGCUGACCGUGUAUUUUCUGUGUACGAUCUCACCACCAAAACCUUCCAUCAUUUUAAAUACCCCAUAGAUGCACCAGAGAAGAUUUCCCGCGUCCCUUGUUGGCUUCCACCCGUUUCAGUCUAAGUUUCUAUGGUCCUGUGUUUGGUUCAUUAGUGUUAUGGUCUGGUAUUUUCAAGCAAGCCAGCCUAUUUUAUUGAACUUCUCACUUUGUUUGUUUGUUUGUUGAAACGCACUAAACUCAGGUGAAGUCUAGCCUUCUUUGUUUUUAAUUUGUUCACUUGAUGACUUUUUUUUUUUUGUAAACUGUGAAAAUUUCUUUUACUCACCCUCUCUUUACCUUUUUACUUGUGUUUACAUGUUAACACUGAUAUAGCUAGUGAAAAUAUUUUUCUAUAUGUUAUAUUGUUUUUUCUCUCUAUUUAAUGUGGAUUUGUUUCUGUAUAGUUACAAAAACAAAUUUAUAAUUUGGAUUUGUUUCUGUAUAGUUACAGAAACUUUGAACUGAUGAAAACAAAAUAUUUGCAAAAUUGACAAUCAAAUUAAAAGAAGAAACAAAAUUAGUCUAACAAUGGUUUUAAUCAUUAUAUGCAUCUCAAUUUAUUCAUAUAUUAUUAUUUAUUUUUGUCAUCAACAAAACAUAUUCAUACUGACUAUAUAAACCAAAUUGGAAGUUCCGCAUCCAUGUAAACGAUAAAAAACUGUUGUUUCCUGACAUUACGUGCUAGACUAUCCGCAUUUAAAUUCUACGUUCGUCGUACAUCUAGUUUUCUUUCAAUUUAUUCAUACAUUAUAGUUGAAGGUUAUUGAUCUUCGUGCACAAAAAAAAGGUUAUUGAUCUUCUUAUUAAGUUCCAUCUACGAGAAGUUUAAAAAGCAAAAUAACAUUUUAUGUAUAAUUAUUCAUCCAAAAGUUGUUAAUAUUAAAAAUGAUCAUAAAAUAUGAGGUAUCGUUGUGUAAUGAUAUUCUGAUAACGACCGUAGUGUUAUAAAUUAAUUUGAUCUAACUAAUAAUUUUUUUUGUAUAUAAUAAUGGUUUAUAACAUAUAUUAUUUGUUUUAUGUGAUUUGCAUGUUUUU